AUGACCGUCCGUGUCGUGUCGUAUAAUUUGUUGGUGCCCAUUUUGGCUAAUCGACCAGAACAUUACCCUAAAUGUCAACCUGAAUUUCUUCAAACUGACUAUCGAUGGAACUUGAUUCAAUCUCAGUUAGAACAAGAGAUUUUCCAACAUGAAAACACGGUUAUCUGUUUACAAGAACUCUCUCUUCCUCUGUUACCCAGACUCGAAUUAUUUUUCCGUGGAUUGAACUAUAGUUUCUUCCAUAAUCUUUAUGGUCAACGACAUGAGGAUUAUAUGGGUGUUGGCAUAGCAAUUCCAGUUUCGAUGCAGCUUAACUCCAUUUCUAUCAUUAAAAUUGGAGAUCAUUUACGCUCGAUGAGUAAACUGCGUAAGAAGGCGAAUCUCUUUAAAUGGGGAUGGGAUCUGUAUCAGUUUGUCAUGAGCAAAUUCAUACAAUUUGCAUCUGAUCCUUGGGAAACUGCCAUGGCCAGAGCCAAUGCACUCAUUUGUUUACAACUUGUGAUCGAUGAUAAACCAUUAUGUAUUGGUACGUACCACAUGCCUUGUCUUUAUAAAGAGCCCGAAGUUAUGGCGAUACAUUCUUCUGUGGUGAAAGAUUUGAUGUUUCAAUUGGCAGCUGGCAAAGAUUUUAUUCUAGCAGGUGGCUUUAAUAUUAAACCGUGGGAUAUCUGUUACCAAGGUUUAACAGAGAAGGGUUAUGUUGGUUGUAAUCUUCCAAAAUCCAGCACUUAUGAGAUCUCUUAUAGACCUAACGCUGAACAAGUAUUGAAGAGCGCCUAUCGAGAGAAGAAUGGAACGGAACCUGUUUAUACAGAUUUUUCUGACACACCACAUUCACCAGACUUUUGUGCUACACUUGAUUAUAUCUUUUUUGUUGGACGUAUCAUGCCCGAAAAAGUGUUGGAGUUACCCGAUCAUCCUGCGAGUGAAUCUUAUCCUGAUGAUACACAUCCUUCGGAUCAUCUGAUGAUUGCAGCAACAUUCCGAUUAUUGUAA